AAAUGAAGCAAUGUUUUAAAGCGAUAUAUGUAUACACCACAGUUUUACAUUUAUUGACAAUAAAUGUCAACAAGAUUGUCUGAAAAAUAGACAGUUGUUAAAUAAAUUCAAUUGUUGUUUUUGAUGCAUUUUAUAAUUUCUUCAAAUCAAAUAUUUAAAUUAAAUAUUAAGUUAACUUCUCGCAAGUUUUCUAUGAAGCGGACAAGUGUAACGUUCGACUGCUGAGAAGAGACUGAUGUAUCGUUCGAUAUAUUGCAAAGCGGACUGUACAAUGCGCAUGUGCCUCAAAAAUAAGAGAGAAAAGAGCUGAAUAUUAUAACGCAAGAAGGAUAGAGACAUUUCGCAGCAAUUUAGAUAAAUUAUGUUUCUUUCUGUUCAUUUCAGAACUUGACUUUUCUUUUAAAAUAGCUUCAGCAUAUACAUUAUGGCAAAUAUCAUUAUGGCAUUAUGGCAUUAUGGCAUUAUGGCAUUAUUUGGUAAUAAAUUAUUCAUUUGACUAUUUUAUUAUUUGUCAAAUAUUUUAUCGUUUCUCAGAUACUUUAAAAGGAAAGAAAUAAUGGAACGUGCAAACAUUAAUAUUAUUUCGAUGUGCGAUUCUAUUUUCGGUUCAGUUGCUGUUCGUUUUUGGUAGAAUAUGCAUCUAAUCGAAGAACAUUACUAUACAAUUAAUAAAAGUUUUCUAAAGAUGUUAGGUAUCUGGCCUCAUAACAAAUCGCGAUUUAUAUUAUUGCAACGGAUAUUGAUUACUUUUGUAACUGUGACGUAUAUUAGCAUGCAGUGGUCAAUUUUUAUUACGGCAGAAUGUACUAUGCCUCUCUUUGUUAAAACUAUGAUACGCUCGUAUCCUUUUGCGAUAAUUGUAAUGAAGUACUUCAUUUUUAUGUUUAAAUCCGAAGCUAUAAAAAACAUGCACUAUCAAAUUCAACAAGAUUGGAAGUUAUUGCGAAACAAAUUAGAAAGCAAGAUUAUACAACAAUAUGCUCACGAGGGGCAACUGUGUACUUUAUUUAUAUUCUCAUUCAUCAGUUUUAUAUUGGUGCUUGUGACUGUUAUUCAAUUUCUUCCGAAUAUUCUUGAUGUUAUCUUACCUUUGGACGAGCCGCGGCCACGUAGACUCCUUGUUACCGCAGAAUAUUUCAUCGUUAAAACGAAUGAUAAAUACUACUAUACCCGAGUAUUUCAUGAACUCGUAUUCCUUACGAUGUGUGCAUCAAUGAUAUUUGCCACAGCGACACAACUGUUAACAUUUGCCUUCCAUUCUUUCGGGAUGUUCAAAAUUGCCAGUCACCGAAUAAAGUACUCCAUUGAAGAAAGUAUCUUGCACGUACAAAAGUUUGGAAAGGAGUACACAAUGUGCAAAACGAUCAUGCACGCCGUAACUGCACACCGUCGAGCCAUGGAGUUCUCCAAUAUUUUUAUAUCUUGUUUCAAUGCACCAUACUGCGUCAUGGCUAUUCUUGGAAUAAUCUCGUUAAGCAUCAGUUUAUACGGACUUAUUGAGGCAGCAACGAUAUCAAAGAGCAUGGAGAAUCUCGUAAUAUGUUUCAUAUCCGUAAUAGGUCAUCUGGUUUACAUAUUUGUAGCGAGUUAUGUUGGACAAAAGAUUAUUGAUUACAAUAACGAUCUUUUUAAAUUAGCAUAUAACACAUCAUGGUACUUGAUGCCUGUGUCAUCGCAAAAAUUAAUUUUGUUCCUAAUGCAAAAAACUAGCAGAGACUUUUACUUCAUGAUUGGUUUAAUAUUUGUAGCAAAGAUGGAAAGUUCUACUACGGUAAGAUGUGCGACAAAUGUGUUAAAACAAGGCAAAAUCUUGUUGAAAUGUUUACGGAAGUAAAUAUCUUUCCAGCUUAUGAAUGCUGCGUUGUCCUAUGUCGCCGUGAUGUAUAGCUGCGUACAAAAAUAAUAUUUUGUUUGCUUAUUAUCAGUAAAUAGUUUCUGUGACGUUUAGGAAAAAGUACUACUUCAUUUAUGUCCUUAAUUACGUGGUAUAAUUUGUUUCAUGUUUAUAAUGAACGCGAAGAAUUGUAAGAUGUGUGUCUUGAAUUGAUUUUGUGAAUUCAAGUAUAUCGGACAUUGAUAAUAAAACUGUGAUUGUAUUUUUCUGCUGUAGUGAUAAAACGAUCAAUAAAUUAUUUUUAACUGUUUUUAAAAUAUUUUUUAAAAACAGUUUGUGACAU